AAUGGCCCUUGUAUGGCCCUUGUAUGGCCCUUGUAUGGCCCUUAUUGCCUUAAACAGCCCGGUCCGUGGAACCUAACGCGUAUUCUCGUGAGCUGCUGCUGUGGCCUGUUUCCCUGAGCUUUAAUACCUGAGAGAAACCCAGUAAUGCGAAAGAUGGAGCUGUUGUUAUUGGAGGCAAGUGAAUAACUUUGUGCUUCUUCGGGCUUAAAACACGUUGUCAUCAAAGGUUAGAGAUGCUGUGCUGGAAGAUGAAGGCAAUGAGAGAAGAAAUCUUGCAGUGACUGAAGAGAUCCCCAUUAGAAGAGUGGAAGGUUUGCAAAGUGACUGAGCCUGAAAUGGCAUCUGAGAAAGAGAACGUAAGCAAUGGAACCAAAGGCCAAGAGCAGGAAUUGUAUCAUGAUGCUGAGAGCCAUCAGUGGUCAGAAUGUCCCUUAGAUACUCCAAAAAGGGCUGUGGUUGGUGAAGCUGCCCAGCCUCUGAGCAGCAAAGAGAAUGUUUCAGGUAGAUCCGUGCCUUUGGGAGAUGAGUGCUACUCAACGCCUGCAAGGCUCAAAGCAGAAGAAAAAUCCUAUUGCGAAUUAGCAGAGAAACAGAGGAGAAAAAGUGUCGAUUUUGCAACUGUAACAACUGCUGAUUUUGGGAUUACUCCAGAAAGCUUUGUUAAUGGAUCUACAGCAAAGUCUCCAGCUGCUCUAAAGCUCAGACGAAGAUCAGCCAUUGGAGCAAGGGGGUCUCCAGAAAACAAUACCCUCAUUCAAUACCUUGCCCAGCAGAAGAGCAACAGGCAAAAAGAAGCUUUAACACAGCAGGCCAGUCCUUGUCAGUUUGCCAGGUCACUGAAGAGCAAAAUGGAUAUCUUUCAAAGAACUUUUAAGUCAGUUCAAGAAGCUGAAGGGAAGACGGGCUUCUCUGGACUCUCACAAGCAUCUACUGCUUUUCAGGAAGGUGGCUUUUUUUUCAGCCCUGACUGUAUCAGUAAAGAAGUCAGAAGUAAUGUCAUAUCAGAUCAAAGCAGGAAAAAGGUUAAUUUUGCAGAAGAACUAAUUGUGGGAAUAUAUGAUGAAAGUGAGCUGCCUGUCACACCACUACAAACAAGGAGUGCUUCAUUAAGUGAAUCCACACAGAGUGGCUCACAGCUGAGAUCUGUCUUGAAGAAAACACCAGUGAAGCAACUGAUGGACUGCAUGAAGGAAUAUUCACACAAUGCUCUUCAUGGAGGAGGAAGCGAAUCUUUUACAGUCUCUGAUCACAUCUGUGAAGCACUGCAAACAGUAGAGCAAAGUGAACAAUACAGCCCCAAAAGGGCAAAGAAGAAAAAAGUGACUUUUGGUGAAGAUCUCAGCCCGGAAAUAUUUGAUAAAACUUUGCCUGCAAAUACUCCAGUGCGCAAAGGAUCAAAACCAAUCUGCCGUUCAGGGUCAGAACAUGACAGCCCUUUCACAAGGGCAGGGCUCACUGAAGAACCAUUAGCUCAGCCGAAUUUUGAUUGCAGUGAUGAAUGUAUUGAGCUUCCUCAGGAGCUACAGGAGGGCUCUGUUGUUGCAGAAAAGCUCUUACCUAUUGAAAAUACAAAAGAAGCAGAAACAGACAAAUCAGACCUGGAAACUACUUGCUCCUCUACUAAAAGCAAGUAUGGCACCAUUUCUGAGGGGACAGAUUGUAGUAUCUCAAGAGCAACUAGCACUAAGAAUGCUAAAGACACUAAAAAUCCAAGGAAAAAUGGACCUCAGAGACCAAAGAGUGUGACUGUAUCUGCUGCCAAAAAGAAGCAAAAAACAAAACAUGCAACCUUUGGAAAAAGAAGAAAGAGAAAAGUGAAAAAGUCUUUAUAUGGGGAAAGAGAAACGGCUUCAAAGAAACCUCUUCUGAGUCCUAUCCUUGAGAUUCCAGAAGUUUUCUCUGGUGCCUCAUCUCCAAAUUCACCAAAGGAAAUUGUACGUUUUCCAGAUCAUUCCAUACCCAGGGAUGUUCCCAAUGAUGUUCAACAGGAGCAAGUGACUGAAAGGAGAGAGACAAACAUCCCUGUUGUUGAUGUGUAUCCAAGCUCUGAAGACCUGGAUAUUGUGGAAGAAGGCAGUCUCAGCAAUACAGUAUUUCAGUUUCCAAAUGUUGCGCCAGACACAGAUGAUGUUCUUAAUAUAUACGACUGUUUCCAACAAGCUGAAGAGACUGCAUCAUUAAAAGAGAAAACAGGAAGUGAUUUCUUGAUAGAACAUGAGAAAUUACAGGGAGAUUUCCCAAGCAAGGAAGAGUGGCUAAUAGGGCUGGAGUUACUGAACCAAAAGGACAUUGAUGGAAAUGAGAUGCUCCAAAGAACUGAGUGUCCGCCUACAAGGCCUUCAAGAAGGAGACCAUCAAGAAGUAGGAGUGCUGUGUAUAUUCCUCCUAUAGAAAAGUCUCAUUUUGAAAUGACUGGAGAUGAUCUUCAAGUUUCUUCUUUUGAUAUUGAAGAAAUUUUAUCUGCUCCUCAGCUAAAAAGUAACUCCUUAAAAAAGCCUUUGAGAAGAAAGUCAAGUAUGUGUGGUGAAACAAGACGGGUGAGACGCAGCAUGAGACUACAGAACAAUGCUGAAACUGAAGGACUUGCAUGGAUUGAAGUAACCAAUGAGAUUCUGCAGAACCCUUCUCUGCUAGCACCUGCUUGUAAAACCAGGAGAAGAAUAAGCACAUUUGUCCCUACAGAAUCUGAGAAUAUUCAUCAUAGAGAAGAAAAUGUCAUCCAGUUUGCAGAAUCAGGGAAGGAGAACAGUGAAUCUGUUCAUGUUGCUGCUGGUCCUUGCAGAAGGAGGAGGAAAAGCACUUGUGAAUCCAUAUCUCAAGAAACAAGAACUCGGUCUCAAAACAGGAAAAGGAGCAUAACAAAUUCGGUAUAUAGGAGAGACAGCAGUAACCAAGAAUACUCAGAAGAAAUGAAUAUACCUCUUCCAAACAGCAUUACCACGUAGUGAGGUUUCAGCUACCUCUCUUUUUCUUAAGUGAAGCCCUGGUGAAAUACCUGUGCCAUCUUUCAGGAAAUAGAGCUUCCUGCUGAAAGUGAUCUCUUCUGUGACCUUGUUUUUACCGUAAUUGAGAUGGAAUAAAAUAUUUCAUGAACUUGGAUGAUUUUAUAAAGCUUAAAAGCAAACGGAACAGUUUCAUUUUUAUGCAUGUUUUACUUUUCUCUACAGACAUCAUCAGCUUUUCCUAAGAACUAAGGCAACUUGAAGGAAACUUCACUAAUGAAUUGCUGUUCGUUUUUUACUGCUAUAGAAACAUUACUGAAGUUGUCAAAACAGUCUCCUUAUGUUUUAUUUUGGGCUUUGUGUUUGUGUCACAAUGCAAUGCUUGGGCUUGGAAUCGAGAUGGCAACAGUUACUCGGGUUGUUUUGCUGUGAUGGCAGGAUGUUGGCUUACCAGGAGAGGGCACUCUGACAUGAGUUUUGUGGUCAUAGCUGAACUAUUUAGAAGAUAUAAUGUGUAAGUCUUUGAACAGAUGCUGUGUGACAUCAGAACUUAAUAAUAAGAGCUGCUACCAUUUAACAUUCAGAAAUAUCAAAACAACAACUAAACUAAGCACUGAAAUUAGUCAGUACUAGAGAAGUGAAACACGCACUGUAUGCAGGUAUGACUUCGCAUGUGGAAAUCAUAUAGCACUUUAAAAUACAGCAGAGAUGUUAAGAUCUACCUGUUAAAUCACACGGUGAGGCAGAGGCAAACCUUUUGAGGCUGUGGAUGUCAGAGAUUGAAUAUCUGCCUUAAACAGACAGAUCAAGCGUUGAGAUAUCCUGGAGGGAAAGGCAGUAAAUUAGCGCGUGUGAUACUAGAAAGCUUAAUCUGCAUAGAACCUGCUUUUCGUGGUGCUGCUGUCCUAUGCAUCAUUCAGAGCAGCAGUGGAAGAGCAUUUUCCCCUGAGGUUUCUUGGUUGAAUGUGGUAAGUGCACUUCAGAUGUGAAGCGUAAAGAAAAUCAGAAGUAGAAGAGCCCAGGCUAAGGAGAAGAAAAACAAAGGUUGGAUUUGCUUCCUGGCACUACUUGGUAAAUAAAGAGUUGAAUCCCAUGUACUCAAUGGCAGUUUGCCUGGCUUAGGUGAGGUUGGAACCUGCAUAAAAUAAGAGGUUACAGUAACUGGGUUUAGUCUGGAGAGGACUUGAGUGGAGACAAGUCUUCAGUUAUGCAGAAGUUUGGUGGAGGUGAAUGGUUGGUUCUUUGUAACUCUACCGAAUGGUACAAUAAAUGUUUUAUAAUUGGGGAGCCGGGGUGAAAUCUGGUUAAGCAGAAAGUAGAAGCUCCAGCACCAGAGAUAGCAGAUUGCCUUGGGAAGCCAUGGAAUCUUUAUCACUGGAGGCUUUUAAGAACAGUUUAAACAAAUAUCAGUCUGAAAUGACAUACGAUACUUCCUUGGGGUUAAGGAUGGGGCCUGGACAGGCUCUCCCGGUCCCUUCUGGCUGUGUUUGCUGAUUGUUAGAGAUUAGGGUUACAAAGUGAAUUGAGACUGGCUAACAGUGAAGGUCUGAGCUAGAAUCUGUCAUGGAAUAGGGAGUAGGAGGUCUGCUGACACUGAGGGCUGUGUAGCAAGGGAAUUAAGUAGGGAAUUUAGGGAAGAGCACUUCAAGUAAGACUAACAAGAUGGUCCCAGUAUUUUAAACAUUCAGCUCACAUUGUGCAAUUUGUUCUUAGGCAAAGCUUCUCAACAGACUCCAGCAAUUGUGGAACCUACGAGUUGGUGGCUCAUACUUUAGGUAUGUUUUGUGCUGAUUCAAGAUAUUUAAGUUUGUAGUUCUAGUUUUCAGCUGUUGCAGCACUACCUGGAGUAAUUUUAGUGACGUUUUGCCCUGUGAGGUUAGUUUAUUCACUUAAUAGCACACACAGUUUUAGUAGUGACAGUCAUUCAGAAUCAAUAGUGUGAGACUGAGCUGUUUUGGUUUAAUCAUUGAAGCAGCACUGAAUACUAGGCUAGAAUUAGAGUGGAAUCUAAAGAAAUCUAUGGUGUUUGGCAGUCUCUUUCAGUUCUCAAUUGUUCUCCCUGUUCUUCCGAAGGGAGGUUUCUUCUCUCUCUUAAGAGGGUUAUUACAAAAGGCCAUUUUCUGUUUCAGAGUAUUAACCAGCCUUACAUUUUGCACUGCAUAGAUAUGAAAUGUCUUCAAGUAUGGUGACAGCCAGCACUGAGUGUAUAUUGCCAAGGAACUGUAUUUAGCAGAUUGCCACAAAACGAUCAUGGUCUGAUUAACAGAGAACAAGUGGUAAGUCCUAGAAAGGCUGGUUGUCUUGCCAGUCCAAUGUAAUUAUGAUGUAACUAAUAAGUAAGAGUUGUUAUAUUGGUUUUAUUUACUCUGUCCUAGGAAGCACAGUCUUCAUGUGUUUGUAGAUAAUCAGCUGACUAUGCACUAGUACAUCAAUUUGUGUUAUGUGAGUCGAGAAUGCAAAGAACACAUGUUUUCAUAGAGUCAUUUGAGUUAAAAGGGACCCUUAAAGGUCAUUGAGUCCAACUCCCCUGCAAUGCACAGGGACGUCUGCAGCUCCAUCAGUGCUCAGAGCCCAUCCCCUGACCUUGGGUGUCUCCAGGGUAUCCACCACUUCUGUGAGUAACCUAUGCCAGUGCCUCACUGCCUUUAUUUAAUACAAAACAAAAACAAAUUUCCUUUAAUCCAUUCUAAAUCUUCCCUCUUUCAGUUAGAAACCAUUUCCCCUUGCCGUGUCACUGCAGACCCUGUAGUCUGUCCUCUCUUAUGGCCCCUUUGGAUACUGGAAGGCUGCUAUCAGCUCUCCCCAGAGCCUUCUCUGCUCCAUGCUGCACAGUCCCAGCUCUCAGCCUGUCCUCAUAGGGGAGGUGUUUCAUCCUUUCUUCAGAAUAUUUUAAAGUUAAAGAGUAAGCUCUUUAAUAUUAUCCUUUCCUAGUCAUUAUUUUAUGCCCGUAUUUUGCCAUAUUUAAGAUAAACAUCAGUUACAAAAGUGAAGAGUGCUUUCAAGUUUUCUCAUGUGUGAUUGAACAGAAUUAAAACCACUUUCACAACUUGAUAGUUACCAUAAGCAGGGAAAGUAAACAAUGAGAACAACUUGUGCCAUUUUUCUGAUUUACUGGUAAGCUUCACUUUAAAGUAAUUAUAAAUAAACCUUCACAUCAUUGGUU